AUGACCGACAACGCCGGCCUUUCUCUCAAGAACGCCUAUGAGGAUCUGUUGAAAGAGCUGCGGAUCCUCUGCCAUGCUCCGCUGAAGAAACACAACAACAUCGUCCAGCUCGACUCCAUUCAGUGGGCUCGAAUUGAUCCGGUCGCCCACUCCUGGAUUCAAGUGCUGAUUUUGGAGCAGGCCCAACACGGCUCUCUUCAGCAGUAUGUCGCGUCGAAGAAGGUUGAUAUCGAGACCUGUUUACAACUCAGCCAGGAGAUCGGGUGUGGCCUACAGGCCCUGCAUGCGAGCGGGGUCAUCCACGGAGAUGUUAAAUUCCAGAACGUCCUCAUUUUUGAUCUGGGAGACGGGCGUGUGAGGGCAAAACUGUCCGACUUCGGCAGCUCCGUCAUCAACGACAAAGAGAACCGGAUGAUCACACCCACCGCAGCAAUGCACCCUUGGAGUUCACCAGAGCACGAGACUCCCGUUCCGAGCAGUUUGUUGUGCGGCACGGAUACAUAUUCGUACGGCCUUCUUGUGUGGAAGCUCUGCUUCCGCGGUCAAAGCCCGUUUGAUGGCCAGAGCAGCGAAGAUAUCUGGCGGCGGAAGAAGGAAGACUUGAUCCUCGGCGAAGCAGCCGUUUCCCUCGAACAACGCUAUCACAAGGCUAUGCUUCUCACAGGCCGGGCAGCCAGCGGCGUUCGCUUUCGGUCGUACCAACUCGAAGUGUCAAUUCCUCGACGAUGUCUUCAACAUUGCCUUUCCGCGUCGAUAGAGCGCAGGGACCUUGAUAGGGCGGUGGAGUCACUGCACCAUGACUUAUAUCCGGCUUCGACGGAUCUUACCACCGCCAACAGGACUGGAGGCGAGGAAUCGCGCCUGUUCGCAGCAAGUCGUUUGAUCGUCGGCCACCUACGGAUGUUCGACGUGCCCAAGGGUGUCAAGGCCAUGCUCUGUCAGUGCAUGUCCGACAUUACUGAAAACCCUGGAGCCGUGGACCGGAUCACCGCGAUCGACUCGUUUUUCCAGCUCAGCCUCCAAAUUUUUGAUGGUUUUCGGCCGACGGAAGACACCAUGGCUUCCGCCGUAUCCUGGAUGAGAAAAGCCGCUCUUGCUGGCCAACCCACCGCCCAAGUGAUGCUGAGGCAGUUCUACGAAGCGGCUGGGGUGGUGAUGGAUGCGGCGACGAGAAACGAAUGCGAGACGCUCCUAGAGCAAGGAGUCGCAAAUGAUUCACUUCUUGCACGACUUUGGCUGCGACGGUACAACCCUGAAGCAUCGUCACGAGCUGAACAAAAGCAGGCCCAGAAAGUAGCUGGGGUGCUGCUGGGAGACGGGUGUCACCCCGAGUUCCAUCUCAAAGACUGGAUCGACGGAUUGUUUGGGGAAUUCGCCUAUACAUCAUUGGCCAUCCGACUUUCAGCAUUUCCCGGGAGACAGGCCUUUUGGAUGAGCCAACGGAAAAACUCGCUCUUGCAUACGGGAGCCGCUUUUGGGGUGAAUCCCGACCGUUAUCGGCAAUUCCUCCGACUGCUCCUGGAGACCAUCGACGCCAGAGAUAUCGAGGGCAACACGGCACUCCUGCUUGCUGUUCAGUUUAAUCAUGUCGAGAUUGCCAGGCUCUUGCUCGAACACGGAGCAGAUGCUUCGGUGCCAAACAAGCGAGGAGAAACACCUUGGCACUGGCUUGUUGCCGUCGAGAAGAUGAGGGAUGUCACCGACCUCGGCAAGCUUUUGGAACGCAGUGGAAAGCACGUCCUGGAUGCCACAGCAAAGGGACCGCCGAAAAUCCUCCACUUCUUCCUCAAGGAGCUGCGUCGAAGAGGAGAAAUACUCGCCCAGCCGGUUCUCUCUCCCAUGCUCGAUGGGAUUGAUCAGAUCGAAUCCAUUGGCGCCUGGCUCCAUACCAAUUACCUUGUCCACACAAUCCUCUUCCAUCCAUUCCACGAGCGGCUCGCGUAUGGAGGCAAAGACUGGUUGGACAACUUGAGACGCACUCUGGCUGUUCUCUGCGAAUUCGACUUGGGUACCAAUGUCCCGAUAUCGGCGCUUCCACAGCUCCUCAUAUCAACGGAGGGCACUACCGCUGUGUUACAGAUUCUCGAGGAAGGUCUCCUCGGCGGGGCGAGUGACCAGGCAAAGCUCUGGGCUGACAUCACAGAAACCAUCAUCGGCAUAUCUGACUCUACAAAUGUCUUGUAUGCUAUGCAGGUUGCCAAGAAAUACUCUGCUGAAGGUGGCAUUCCGAACGCAGAGAGGCUUCUGGGCAUCUGCGCAGAGAGUCUCCAAUGUGAUGGGGCCGUGGUGGAUGCGAUUGCUAAUGAGGGCAUUAAGAUCGACUUCCUAACACAACAGUCCCGGACGCCUCUGAUGAACGCAGUUUUGCACCGGAAUUUUGAGAUCGCUUGCGCUCUCAUCCAGCACGGCGCCGAUGUCAACGCGAUGUGGAGGCCAAUCUAUCCCGAUUCUCCUGACGAAGAGCAUCCUGAUGUGAACAUCCUCUUCGAGCAUCUCACGACCAACCUCGACACAGCUCUGCUCCCGCUACGGUACCUCCUCGAACCAUUGCAUUCGAAGAAGGACAUGGUUCCGUCCUUCAUCGUGGUGCCCGACAAGAAGACAACCGCGUUACACCUAGCUUGCCAAAUUGGGAACCUCCAUAUCGUCGACUAUCUCCUCGAGAAGUUCGACACCCCAGACCACAUCGACUUCGUCGACCACGCGGGUUUCACGGCAUUGCACUUCGCGGCUUUUGCCGGCCACGCCAAAGUUGCAAACAAGCUCUGUGCGAAGCAUGCCCGGGUGGACAUCCUCACAGGAGUACCCGGCCACUGCAACGCCCUUGACUAUUGCCAUCGCCUAUUCAGCCCGAACGUAGAUAGCCUGCGACACUCGUAUGGCAUAGAUCGAAACCUCGAAGAUGUCUACUUAGGCCGCCUGGAAAUUUCAAAAAUGCUGGUGAACAAGCAUGAGGCUGUCCGCACUGCCGGCUCCGACGACGACGAGGACAUGGCCUGGCCCGUCAAGUUGUGUUUCUACGCCGCGCAGAACAACAUGACUCGCCUCCUGAAGAAGCGUUGA